AUGGAGGGUCUCAUCGCGGGAGCAGAGGCGGCGCAGAUCGGCGCCUUCCUCGUGCUGCUGCGCGCCAAGGGGGAGACGCCUGAAGAGGUGAGCACGGAGGAUUUAAAAUUUGAAGGAAGAGACGGUUCGGGGUGGCUGAUGGUGAGAAUGGAUGAUGUGAGUGGGAGUGAAGCAGAUGAGGUGGCAGGGCUGGCGGCGGCCAUGAGGAGCAUGUGUGUGGAGGUGGCAGCAGGGGACGACACGUUGGACAUAGUGGGCACGGGGGGCGAUGGCUUUGACACUGUCAACAUCAGCACUGGCGCCUGCGUGCUCGCUGCUGCCUGCGGUGCCCAUGUCGCCAAGCACGGCAACCGCUCGGUGUCGAGUGCAUGUGGCAGUGCGGACGUGCUAGAGGCCCUCAAUGUCGAGGUGGACCUCGGUCCUCAGGCAGUGGCGCGCUGUGUGCAGGAGGCGGGGGUGGGCUUCAUGUAUGCACCGCGCUUCCAUCCCGCCAUGCGCAUCGUGGCUCCCGUGCGCAAGGCACUCAAAGUCAGAACCGCAUUCAACCUCCUCGGACCCAUGCUGAACCCCUCCUUCGCCCCAUACGCCCUUGUGGGAGUCUUCAACCCGGAAACUGUGGACCUCAUGGCGCGUUCGCUGCAGCGCCUGGGCAUCCGCAGAGCGCUGGUGGUGCACUCCAAGGGGCUCGAUGAGAUCUCCCCCAUGGGUCCGGCAGACAUGCUUGAAGUGACACAAGACUCGGUUCGCCCCUUCCGUGUCGACCCAUUGGACUACGGCAUAGCGCGGUGCACAAUAGAGGAUCUCAAGGGCGGGGACAAGGCACUCAACGCGCAGCUUCUCAGAGACGCCUUUGGCGGGCAGCAGGGGGCCAUCGCUGAUGCGCUCGUGCUGAACGCGGGCACGGGGCUGGCAGCGUGUGGGGUGGCAAGGGACGUGGGUGAGGGCAUAGCCAUGGCGCAGGAGGCGCAGCGCAGCGGCAAGGCCCUCCAUGUGCUUGACCAAUGGGCCGCCCUCUCUCAGGCCGCUCCUGUGCCCGCCACCUCCCUUCCCAACCACAUAUCGUUUUCCUGCCUUUCUCUCUCCCUCUCCGUAUCUCUGCAUCUCCCUGCCCCUCUGUCCCCCUUUGAUGCAUGGUUCUCCGUCAAACAGGAGCUCAAGAAGGCUGAGCAACUUGCAGUUGCAUGA